UUGUCAUCAACGGCGACGGCAAGCACAACAGGACCAGCGCCAAAACUAGAAAACAGUACAAUGAGAAUAACAUCCAAAACAAAAGUUUCAACAGGCAAUAGAAGAAAUACGAUAAUUGAGUUAAAGUCACGCAAUUCCCCAAUGCAGGGCUCACCAUCGGCUGUUGUUAACCGAAGUCCUCAGUCGGCACCAGCUUGGAAUGCCAAUAAUGGCCAGGCUACCUUACCUAGUAUACCCAUGAUUGUUGAUGAUGAUGAUUCUAUGUUUGGCAUUGGUGGUGGUGGUAGUGGCGGUGGUGCUGCAGCUGGUGGCGGUCUUAAUUCCGGUGGCUAUAAUAAUAAUCUUGCUAAUGUCUCUGCCUCAUCAUCCUCCUCAACAUCGAGUCAUAAUAAUUCUGGCCAAGAAUUUGAUUUUCAACAAUUGCUCCAGGGUGCUAUAUCAUCACCAACCAAACAAUCAAAACAAUCAUCGUCAUCACAUCACAGUAAUCAAAAACGACACAACAAUCACCAGCGGCAACAGCAGCAGCAACAACAACAGUCUUCACAAACGCAACAACUACAUCAAUGGCAACAGAAUCUGCAACAUCAGCAACAACAACAGCAGCAACAAACACAAAAUUCAUAUAAUCGUUAUAAUGGCAAUGGCAAUUCCUCUUCUUCCUCAUCGUUAUUUAGUAAUAAUCAUCAUAGCAAUAAUCUACAGAAUAGCAAUCAUAAUAAUAGUAGCAGUAAUAACUAUCAUCAAACUAACUAUGAUAUUGCCUCAUCGCCAACAUUGGCAAUUGAAGCAGCAGCAUUGGAACAGAACAUUGCAUCCGAUUUAAGUUCAUCCAGCUCAAGUUCAGAUUCUGAAUCUAGCGGCAGUGAAAGUGGCUCCGAUUCCGAUGACAGCACUGAAGAUGAUCGACCACCCACAAAGGCUGCGGCGGCACAAAUGAUGAAUCAAUUGCCCAAUUUGGGUAAUGCACCAUCUUCGCCGCAAAUGCAUUACAAUCCACACACAAACAGUCAAAGAUUUUAG